UUAUUUUGAAAAGAGGAAGCGCAGGAGACGAGUUGAGGAAACGGGUGCUUGCGUGCUAACAGCGCAUGUUAGCCAAAAAAACCAAACAACACUAUUUUAUAUUUAUUUCUCAACGCUACAUGAGACAUAUCGCACUAAUGGAGGCUGCCGAUGCUACAGAGAAAAUAAUCGACCCAAGCCUGCCUCUUUCAUCACUUCGCCUCCUGGUGCCCCCGCUGCAGCUUCUGUCUGCUGCUAUGUGGCAGCUGGCGAAGCAGAAAGAUGUGAUGAAUUACGAGAGGCUGCAGGAGUUUGUGUUCAUGGUGACAGAGGCGGUCCCCGGACUGAUCAACCACAGACAGAGGGCCCAGCUCAUUCUGGGUCUAAAAGCGCGGUUGAUUCUGGAGCUUUGCAAAGGCUCGGUUCGUGGUUUUGUGGAUUCUCAAGCGAUCCAGAGCCUCCUGGAUAGAUUUCCAGUAAACUCUGCAAACACAGAUUACAGGGAUGCAGAGGUGAAAACAACAGAGUCCACUUUCAUCGCUCUCGUUCAAAGCCUGCUGAAAGAUCCAGUUGAGAGAGCGUAUUUCUUCCAGGAAGUGUUCCCGGUGGAAUACGGCCAACAAUAUGAUGCCGCUCUGCAUGUGUUGCUGUGGGAGCUGCUGUCAAAACUGGAAAAGCUGCUUCCCGUACCAGACUUAAAGCAGACUUCAGCAUGGCUGGGCUCGGCUCCUUCUGUGUUGGAGGAAUGUGUUCAGUCCUCACCUGAAGAUCUGAGCUUAAUCGUCAAACACUACAAAAGUUUAGGACAGCUGAAAAUGCCCUAUGGCCCCUCAUCCACCAUUGGUAGCUGUAUCAUGUCAGCUCUAUCCAUUCCCCCCUCUCAAAAGACAAACAUCUCUGUCGGACUGGAAUCAAUCCACAACUACGCUAAUGUGGUAAACCCCGUCACUUUUGUUGGAGCGGACCAGUACAGCAUCGUGGCCGUCUACACUGAAAUGGAAGUCGAGGCGUCUGAGGUGGAGGAAGAGGUGAUCGAGUCAGCUGAGGUGCAAGUUCAAACCGAUUUCUACGAAGAGGAGAUUGUGACCGCCAGCGCCGAUAACGUCGGUGGCGAGGAGGCCACCAGCUUGAGGACAGAAGAGACAAGUGAGACUGUGGAUGUUGCCAAGGCUCUGGAGACUCUGACAAAAACGUUUGCACUAAGAAAGGAGAGCCUUGGUCAUGAUGUGCUGACAGGAAAGAGCAAUGAUUCAUCCCUCAAUGAUGAGCUCGGGUCUGGAAAUGCACCAGACGGAGAAAGAACACAUGAAGAACAUGACACAAGUAACCAAACUGACGAGAAAAGAGAGAACACUGUUGCAGAGGCGGAGGAGGAUUUCCAGCCUGCAGAGGACGGUGCGACUUCUGGUGCAGACUUGAAGGAUGACCGUGAACCAUUUUCUGUCGCUGAAGAAUUGGCAGAAGUCUCCGGUGACGAUCCAGUUUCUGAAACACAACAGUCUCCCUGUUCAGCUAACGUGCGGCGAUCCUCUCGUCUACAAACGAAGACCCCACCCAGCUGGCAGGAGGCGUUCAAGAUCAAAAGGAGCAGGUCUGAUGUAUCAGCUGCCCCCUCUGUUAUAGCCAUCAAAGGAAAUGACAAAGGUGAUUCAGAUGAGAUGACAUCGAUCAUCUUCACCUGCUCACAGUGUCCCUUCCACCACUCAGAUGAAAACAGCCCUCCUCACUUCCACAUGCAGCGCGUCCCGACUGAAGUGUACAGAACCCUCUCUGCAGCCAAACUCACACCGUCUCCCUCGAGCACGGAUGAAAUUUUCACAUCCAUUAAGCUUUUCUCCAAAGGACACACAGAGCAGAGCAAAGAAGAACAGCCGGACGCUCAAAGCAAAGUACAUGCGUCUCAGUCACAAAGCAGACAGAAGGCCCUCACGUGCGACACGUGCGGUAAGACGUUCACCCGGACGUCGGACGUCAGGAGACACCAGCUCACUCACACCGGAGAGAGACCGUUUCACUGCUCGCAGUGUGACCGAACCUUCCAGCACUCGUGGGAUCUGGCCAAACACGAGAGUAAAAAUCAUAACGUGGCCAUAACUUUCUCCUGCCAGCUGUGUGGGAGCUCCUUCGCUAACCUGCGGGCGCUGACCGUCCACCAUAAGAGCUCUCACUCGGCGGAGAGCCAGCUUCCUCAGAUCUGCUCCAUCUGCAGCCAGAGCUUCCCCACCUCCUCUGAGCUGCUCGAGCACAGGAAGUCUCACAUCACCGGUAAGCGCUACAUCUGCAGCCAGUGCGGCGAGGGCUUUGACUCCUUGCUCGCCCGCUCCAAGCAUCGGCAGGUGCAUCAGGUGAAGCAUCAGUUCAAGUGUCCGCAUUGUGAGAAGACGUACACUCGGAGAUCUGACGUGAAGAGGCAUCAGUCCACCCACACCGGGGAGAAACCCUACCAGUGCGACCAGUGCAACAGGCGCUUCUCGCUCCGCUUUAUGUUCAUGAAACACCUGCGUGUUCACACAGGUGAGCGGCCUUUCCAGUGUUCCCACUGCCCCAAGAGGUUCACGCUGGUGUCAGUGCUGGCCAGACACGAGAGGAUGCACACCGGGGAGAAACCUUUCCUCUGCUCUCAGUGUGGGAAGGCCUUCUUGUCACAGGGAGAGCUUCUAAAGCAUCACGGGUCGCAUGUGGACGACAGGCCCUACUCCUGCCCUCAGUGUGACAAACGUUUCAAGACCAAGAAAACCCAGCAGGAGCACAUCACCUCCCACGCCGGCGCCCGCCCGUACCCCUGCACCUACUGCGGGAAGCGCUUCACCAAACCUUACGCAUUGACGAGACACAAUCUCAUCCACACGGGAGAGAGGCCGUUCCCCUGCGGACACUGUGAGAAGACGUUCCUCACCCUCAGCGAGGCGCAGCUGCACCAGCGUAUCCACACGGGCGAGAGGCCGUAUCCCUGCAACGUCUGCGAGCUCAAGUUCAAGAGCUCGUCAGAGCUGGCGCGACACAAACGCAGCCACUCAGGGUUGAAGCCGCUGAAGCCAAACUGCGAGCAGUGCGGCAAGACAUUCACAUCCAAGGCCAAGCUGAAGAAACACACAGAGACACACGGCGAGGAGGAGGAAGUGGCACAGUCUGUGGACUCGAUACAGCCCGAGGAUUCAAAUAAUUGAACACAUCACAGAGACAAUCUCAGCGGUUGAAUUUGGGAAAAAGAAUGUAAAUGUUUCAGGACGCUUGAGUUUAGAAAUGUCGCUUCUCUAGCUCAUAUUAGGAGAGAAAAUAUUUAAUGCAGAUCAUGAAAGAUGCAGAUCAGUGUACUGGCUUUAUCAUCAACUGUGGACAAGUGUUUGGUGCCGUUACAUCCUUCGAUCUUUGAGUUGUUAAACACAAAUAAUUUGACAUGUUUGUAUUGUGUACAUGCAACUUUACUCUCUUGUUUCCACUUAGCUUUAAAGUUUGCAACAUGGAAAUUAUGUUUAAAUCAUCGAAAAUAGUUUGUUUUAGCUCACAGGUGAACAAAAUUGUUAAUUAAAUACAUUUUUCACUCCGCA